AUGGAGGAGCAGAAGCACGAGGAAAGCGUGAAGGAUUUGGGUGGAGAAGAAGAAGAAGAAGCAGAAUUGGUGCGCGCUUUGCCUGCGGACGCUGUAAAGGAGUUGUUGUCCGAAGGGGUAUGCGCUCGUUGCAUCUUUCGUCUCUUUGGCCUCCAAGGCCGCGUCUAUGCUUCUCCUUCUUCCCUCUCUUCUCUCUUCGCCACCACACAACAACUCUGCACGCUUUGCUUAGGGAUUCUGCAGUUCACUUAUUAUUCAGACGACACCCAAACCCUCCUUCAAAAUCACAACCUUCCACUUCUCAUUGCUGACGCGGUUAAACGACACGCCUAUCACUUCCAUUCCUUUUCCCUUGAAGUUUCCAUCCCACCAAUCAUUCUCCACAAUGAUACCUCUCUUCGGUAA